CGCCUUGCAUCAUGCUCGCCAGCAGCAGCAGCAGCUGCUGCACAGAGCACCACGGCACCAGCUCGCCCUCCCCGCAUUCGGCGGCGGUCCACCUCGUCGUCAUCCUGCACGGCCUCUUUGGCUCGCCCAAGCACGUCGCGUACCUCGCCAGCGCCCUAGAGCGCGAGGCGGCCGCCCAGCUCAAAGCCCGGGGCGACGACGAGGACGGUCGCAAGCUCGUCGUUCUCGUUGUGCAGAGCAACGGGCUCUCGUCGGCCCACCUGUACGACGGCAUCGACGUGUGCGCCGCGAGGGUCGUCGAGGAGGUCGACGCCGAGGUCGAGCGCAUCGAGCGGCAGGGCGGACGAGUCGAGCGGUUCAGCAUGGUCGGCUACUCUCUCGGCGGCCUUGUCGCCCGCUACGCCCUCGGCAUCCUCGACUCCCGCACCCCGUCCUUCUUCGACUCGGCCGUCCCGACCUCUUUCACGACGUUCGCCUCGCCCGCAAUUGGCGUGCCCGUCUAUCCCGAUUCGCGCUUCUCGCGUUUCGCUCGGGCGGUCGGCUCAAGCUUGCUCAGCCGCACGGGCAGGCAGCUGUACGAGCGGGACGUCUAUUUGCCGGCGGCUCUUUGCGACGGCGAGGUCGAGGACGAGCGGGCCGGCCGGCGGCGAGACGACGAGCAGAAGCGUCGAGGUGACCCGCUUCUCAAGGUCAUGGCCGACCCGAGAUUCUCGUUCUACCGCGCCCUCGCCAAGUUUGAGCGCUUUGACCUGUUCGCCAACACCGUCAACGACCGCACCGUGCCGUUCCCGACAGGAGGGAUUGAGGCGCACGACCCGUUCGCCAAGGCGCUCCACAAGGUCAAGGUGCUCGCUCAAGAACGCGACGACGACCCUGAUGCGGCGCUCGACCUGCGAGAAGGCGGUCUUGAGCUACCGCUCGCCCUCGUCUUUAUCGCGACCCUCCCGCUUGUCUACCCCAUCGCCCUCAUCGCCCUCAUCAGCCGGUCCCUGCUCCAGAUCCCGCAGUCCGGCCGGCGGAUCAGGCGAGCGAGGCUCAAGGUCGACGGCGGCCGCGACGGGUGGCUGGCUCGCGCCGGUAUCAACGCUGAGGAGAUGGUCGAGCUCCUGCAGGCGACGGCUCAAGACGAGGCGCACCUCGUCACCGGGCGCUGCGACAAGGCGCCAACCACGUCCAGCUCGGCCAGCUCGAGCGCAGCCUUACUCGUCGAUGAGGGAGACGGCGACGCUCAAGACUCGGCCUCAUCGACGGCAGCGCCCGACUCGGCUACCGCGUCGACCGACCCGGCGCUCUCGGCGUCGCAGCUCUUCCAGGUCAAGUCCCUCAACUCGCUGCCCAACCUGCACAAGCACUACGUCCACCUCAUCGACACGAUCUGGGCGCACGGCGCCAUCAUCUGCCGCAACCCGAAGCACCCGGCGCAGAGCUGCACCGAGGUCGUCGACUGGUGGGCGAGGAGGUUUGAGAUCUAGCUGUCGACGUUCGCCCUCUCUCCUCUCUUGUUUAGAGCGCUCGAAGCGCACUGCAAACUAUAUAACUCUACAACAACACCGCGUGCGCGAACGACGAGAGGCUCUACAGAAAGCUCGACCGGCACGAGCGCGAAUCGACCCUCAAACCUCGAACCUCGUCCUGCUCUUCUCUCCUCCGCCGCGAGAAAAGCCCGAGUCGGCUCUGGGCCCAGACGUGCUCGUCGACGUGCUCAAGUCCUCGUCGAGGUCGUCGACGGCAUGCACGACCUCACGCUCGACCUUGAUCUGCAGUGCUGGCGCGCCGACAGGACGGCCGUUCCCGCCUCGACGGCCGCUCUCGAACGAUGCCGCCGAGCCCAUGCCCGAGCCUGCAGCAGGCUCAGGCAAGGUGCCGCCUCGAGGGCCGAACGAGCGCGCGUCGCGAGCAAAGACGCCGCUCAGCUCGGGCGGCGGGCGAGGUCCGAGCGAGACGCUGCCGACGCGGGCGUUGAUCAUCUUGCGGCC